AUGCUGGACACUCACUAUCAUUUUUAUCUCUCAUUUGAGAACUCGAUUUGUAAAGACUAUAUCACGGAGAAACUGUGGAAACAUGGCUACAUGCACUAUGUUGUGCCAAUCGUUCUGAAGAGAUCUAUAGUUGAGCCAUAUGUACCUCCGCACUCAUUCAUUGCUGCAGACGACUUUGAUACCGUGGCAGAACUUGCAAGCUACUUGCAUUACCUCACGGCCAACAAAACAGCUUAUCUGGAAUAUUUUAAAUGGAGACUGGAUUACCGCGUGGUUUUCCUUGAUGGUGCCCGACACGACAGCCUGGAGCGACCAUGGGGUCUUUGCCAACUCUGCCGGCUCAUUUGGGAGAGUCCGAGGAAGCAGUACGUCAUCAAAAGAUAUUAG